AUGGCAUUUGUGGAGAUCCAGAAGUCGAACCCGAAGCGACCCUAUUGGUCUUUAGUUUUGUUUUAUUUCCUGGCGUAUAACAUUUCUUGUAUAGAUGGAUCAUUUCAUAUGCCAGAAAGCGAUACUCCAACGACUGCACCAAAGUUUUUAUCACGAGGACAUCUCUACAAAGUCAUAGUUGGUGAGACUAUUGAGCUGCCAUGCAAAGUUCAAAAUCUUGGCUCUUUCGUCCUAUUGUGGCGCAAGGGCUCGUCAGUGCUGACUGCUGGUCACUUGAAAAUUACCCGAGAUCAGCGGUUUAAAAUUGUCGGGGACUAUAAUCUACAGAUAAACGGAGUGAAAACCCAAGAUGCCGGAGACUAUAUAUGUCAGCUGGGCGAUCAAGAGAAUCGCGAUCAAGUACAUACAGUUGAAAUUCUAGUUCCACCAACUCUGAGGGCCCUUCCACACAACGGUCAAGUAACAGCUCGCAAAGGGAGCACAGUUACGUUGGAGUGCAAGGCUUCUGGCAAUCCAGUUCCAACAAUAUAUUGGUUCAAAAAGGACGUUUUCUCUGGCCCCACCCACUUAUCGGAUAGCUCGACAUUGAUAUUGGAAAAUGUGGACAGACACCACGCCGGAACAUAUCAAUGCUCGGCGGAUAAUGGUGUUAAAGAACGUGUCUCAAUGGAUAUUCAGCUUACAAUUCUGUCUCCGCCGGAAAUAACUGUGGAAAAAUCAUGGGUUCAUGCUGCUGAAGGGUAUGACAUUGAGCUUGUCUGUAUAGUCCAUGGCGAUGUAAAUUCUGAAAUGCUUUGGUAUCAAAACUCGUUCCUACUGGAUCCAACAGACCGUCGCUCUAUGUAUCCGCGAGACGAUAGAUACAGCUUGAUUAUUAGAAAUUUUCAGCCAACCGACUUCGGCAACUAUAGUUGCGUUGCCGAUAAUGCCCUGGGAAGGACAAAGAAGUAUAUCGAAGUGUCGGGCCGACCAGGACCAGCCGAUUUCAUUUCACCGGCCUUAAGUGGAUUUUUGGAUCACUAUAACCUUACUUGGACGGUCGAAUCUAUUCCGCCUUUAGAUGAGAUCAAGCUGCUUUAUCGAAGGCUACUAAUGAACGAAACAUACCAACACCCUGGAAAAUGGCAUGAGUAUCAUAUUAAGCCCACGCCAAUUAGGACAGAUAGUUCGCAUUAUAUAAUGUCUUAUGUAAUAAGGAAUCUGGAACAUAAUGCAGUUUAUGAAGCUAUAGUUCAGGCCAAAAAUAAAUACGGAUGGAACGAAAUCAGCGACAUUCAUCAGUUUUACACGCGAAAUCAUGACCUACUUCUUGACAUCGAUAUGGAAUACAAGAUGGGAAUCUCGAAUAGUAAUACCCUAUCACCGACUUCAAUUACAGCCAUUCUCCCAAUACUCAUCUUUAUUUGUAUUGUUAUUGUUGGCAUUUAA